UCGGCCAGAGGCGCCACGACAGCCGCGCAGCCCCCGCUUCCCCCUCGCCAUGUCCGGCGUGCAGCGCAUGAAGGUGGCCAAUGAGCGGCACAGCAAGAGCAUCACGCAGCGCGGCGGCCCCCACCGAGCCCCGACCCCGCAGGAGGAGAAGGCGCCGGUGGGGCCGUGGCUGCUGGCCCUCUUCGUCUUCGUGGUCUGCGGGUCAGCCAUCUUCCAGAUGAUCCAGAGCAUCCGGCUGGGCGGCUGAUGGAGCGGCGGUCCCGGCACCGGCAGACCUCAAGGGACUCUUGGACGGAAUGGGAAGGGGGGGGUCUCGUUUUCCGGACCCUCCCCCCCUUUGGAAAUGUUUACAGCCAUGAGCGUCGUCUUCCUUUGCUUGCUUGACCCCCAAGCGACUCCCGCCUUGGACCCGGCGGCCCCCCCCCCCCGGUCUCCCGGGGGUCUCUCGGGGUCUCGAACUGAAGGACGGGGUGACAAACCCCCCCCCCGCCCAACGGGGCACGCCUGGCCCUGGGGGAGAGGGGGCUUCCUGAGGAAUUGAAGCGGUUCCCGACGAGGAGAGAGCAGGGGGGCAUUUGGGGGGGCCUCUGCAGCCGGGGGUGGGUGGGGAGGGGGCGCCUGCUCUGGAAGCUGCUGCUUUUGCUCCGUCUGUUAA